AUGGAAGUUAACAUUACAAUUAACUUAAAACAAGAAUUUGAGUGCUUGAUUGCCGUAGGCUACAAUGAGCGUAUCUGUCCUUAUACAAGUUUUGUUUUUAGUCCUGCUGGGUGUGAUGUAUGCCACCCUCAAAAACCAGCAUUUAGCAAACAUUCUGCCAACGUUUCUGAGAGUUCUGGCUCAGACCUAGAAGAAUUAUUUACUUCCACUGGUGCUGAAGACUUUGAGCCGGUGGCUACUCAAGAAGAAAGCCUGAAAUAUCAACGUGAAGUAGCCGAAGAAGAAGAGCAACUUAUUAUGUUGAACAAACGCUUUGAAGAAGAGGUGGAAGUGCAAGUGUACUCGUUGUUGCUUGGACCUCGUCACAGAACCGGAGGAGUGUUUUGCUGCGCCGAUAUUGACCGAUGCCAAGAGAAACUGAAUCAUUUGGUCGAAGAAGGUCCUGGAGAGCCUCCUUCGUGUAUCACCGCUCAACCUGGCUUUAGUUCUGGCUGCCUCGAUGAGUGGGUACUGGAAGUCGCUGCUGUAGGGUUGAGAACGCGCAAGAACCAGCGUUAUGCUUCCUUUUAUGAACAAGGACGUGCUACUAAGUCUCAGUUUCUGAGAUCCGUACCAUAUCGGCAGUUCACCCGACUGGUUUGGGAAUAUCUUGGAAAUUCAAAGCGGCUUCCCCUACCAUACUAUGCGUACAACGCUAUUAGAGCUCGAUUUCCCUCUGAAGAUGGAGAAUAUAAAGGCUUCAAAGAAGAAGAAGAAGAUGAAGAUGAACAGAACGAUUCAGAGCGAUGUAGUUGACUUUUUACUACGCUUUGCAGUUAAGUUUGGCGUGACCGAAGUUUUGUCACGUAGUUUUGACGUCUAUACUAUGAUGCUACCAGGGGCAACGUUUCAAGGUUGCCGCGUCAUGUGUCCAAAGGCGGGAAACCCAUAAGCGUGCCGACAUCUUGUGAGGUAUCCACGACUUCGAGAGCUACUGUCUAUUUUCUUGAUUUUAGAAUACUUAUAMGUAUUUYGGUGCCCACAAUAUGAUUCAACUUAAAGUUUUUUAUAACAUUUCAUUUCAAGAAGACCGAUGCGAAAUAAUGUCCAUCGAAGAAUCACAACUUUCAUCAUUUGAAGAUCUAAUGAAAGCCGUGAGAGCUAAAAUUGCCUGUUUGGAAUUCAUUCCUGACACAGAGCUCAGGAUAAAAUACAGGGACGACGAGCAGACUUUUGUAAACCUGCGUGCUUGAGAUACACUUUGUGAUGCUUUACGAUGUGCUAGUAUCGUGCAAGGAGCUACUUUUAGAAGAUUAACUAUCAAGAUUGAAUGGCAACCACAAUCCACACCAGAAAUUAUCGUGAGACGUCGUGAAUCUACAAGUGCCAUAUCAAACAAUGGAGCUAGUACUUCGAAAAGGGAAUUGUUCACACUUACAGAAAAACAAACAGCUUCUAGAACUUCUGAAGAAAAGGGAAUUGGUAGUAAUAACGAUAGUCCUGUGGAAAGAAUGCUGCAACGAAAACGGGACAAAGAAAAAAAGAGCAAUAUUUUCUGUCGUGACUGAAAACAAGCUGAAAAUAAGUCACGCACUUGGUGACGUCACACGUGUGUAAGUGGAUCCAAAGCGAUAAAAUUUAGGUACAUAAUGCUGCAGUAGAAUCGGGGAAAGAUAAGAAGUAUUGCUUAAUAUCUAUGCUUCAAAUAUAUGUUGCGAAAGCGUACAAA